CUUGACAGUCCAAAGAAAACUCAAAGCCGAUUAGGUCUCAGGCGUCGAAGGGAAGGCCAAGCGCGAGUUUCAGAGCAUUUGGAAGUCGUUUGGUCGAGCCAGGACCAAAACACGGGCAGGAGGCCUCAGGAACACGGCCGUGUUCCUGGCCGUGCUUUUACUGCCGAGGCUCUCCACAUGUGUCCUGCACAAGCAUUAAAACACGGGCGAGACCAUUUCAAAACACGGCCGUGUCCACAUCAAAACACGCCC